CCUGGCUGUUUGUUCCUCUUUGCUCCUCUCCCGCAAACCCUAAAGAUCACAUUUUUCUAUUCCUUCUCUUCAGCUUAGCCGUUUCCCGUCUAACCCCAUCCUUCUCUCUACUCGUCAUCAAUUACCCAGCAAAGUUUUCUGCUGCUUCGUUUUUGGACGAAGAUCGGACUUGCUUGUUGCUCCACAGCCUCCUCCACUGAUCAAAUCGAUCAUAACUCGUGAAAACAAAUCGAUUCUCCUUUUCCCUCGCUACACGUACUUUCCACCGCUGCUUUUAUCUUUGUCGGUGGAAUAUCCCCCAUCUGAUAGAAGAUUUGACUGACUGGGAUCUCUCUCGUUCUCAAUCCACUUUGAUCCCAAAAUAUUUUCUUUCUACUUUUUCUUAGUUGAAAACAAGAUACUACAUUGUUCACGUAUCCUUGUUUGAUCAGAUAAACAAUUGCUGUGAGUGUUAGUUGAAGAUGGUUGGAGGUGGUGUAAACAGGAAGGACGAUGCUUUGGUUUUGAACAGUACUAACGUUUUCGCUGCUCUUGGAACCUUGAGAAAGAAGAAGAAGUCGGACAAGGAGUCGGGUUCAUCUAAGGUGAAAAGUUCUUCCAAAAAGCAAGAGGAGAAAGUAGGGGAGCCACAGGUUUUCUGGACUCCAUCUAAGUUAACAGCAAAAUCUUGGGCUGAUGUUGAUGAUGAUGAUGACGAUGAUUACUAUGCAACCACGGCUCCCCCUCAAGUCGUUUGGGCUGAUGCAGCUGAUUCAACUGAUAAGGAUGAGAAUCCUGCACUUUUAGAGGGAAGUGAAAGUGAAGAAGAAGGUCUCGAUGAAGUUGAGGACGAGAAUGAAGAACAUGAUCAAGAAGAAGCCAAUUUGCCAGUUGAAAAAGAUUUGGUUUUUACCAAAGUUCCAGAAGUUUCUUUACCACCCAAGGAUGCAGAAAGGCAGCUCUCAAAGAAAGAACUGAAGAAGAAAGAGCUUGCUGAGCUAGAUGCUGUUCUAGCUGAGCUAGGUUUAAACAAAUCUGAGGAAACCAGCGAGAAGAUCGAUUCUCUUGGUAGUAGUAUACAAGAGAAGAAGAUGGAGAAUCCAGACGGAGGAAUGGAGGAGGACAAGAAAGAGAGCAAAUCUGCUAAGAAGAAGAAAAAGAAGGAGAAGGUGGUGCGGAAGGAGGAAGAUUUGUCGAAUGACAACAACACAGUGGCGAAUGGAACUGAUGAAGCAACAGCAGAGGAUUCAAACAUAGUAGACUUGAAAGAGAAAUUUAAGAAACUAGCUUCACUGAAGAAGAAGAAAUCAACCAAGGAAAUGGAUGCUGCAGGAAGAGCUGCCUCAAGUGAAGCUGCAGCUAGAACCGCAAAACUUGCUGCUGCCAAGAAAAAGGAGAAGAACCACUAUAACCAGCAGCCAGUGCGGUAAGAAAGGAGAUUGUUGCAUUUUGAUAUGAUACCCGUUCAUUUUGUCUGUUUUUGGUUGGAGAUUUAGAAAACAGUAGCAGAUUGAAACUAGCACAGUUUCUCUAAUGUAUUAGUACUCUACUCAUUCAAUUCUUAUUUAGAACAGUUUCUUUCAAAUCAUCUCAAAAUAUGCUCAAAUAUAAACUACUUUCAAGAUCA